GGGAGAACGGGGGAGACGCACCUGCCUCCGUUCCCUGAGACAUGAUUAUUUCAUGCUGCCACUCGGUGUUGGUUUCCCCGCAGCCCUUUUGUGUACGCGACCCCGCGCUGAAUAAUUUAGCACGCUGCUCAGUGAAUGAUGGAGGGGGCUGGAUCUUAAAACUGCAAACGGUGAGCAAGGAGCUCUCUCCUCUCACGGCACCCCUCUUCACACAGGUGAGCGAGACGCCUUGCAGCACACGCCGCUGAGAUACUCUCCCUCACACCUAGCUGGAGCAAGAGAGAGAGAGGGGGGAGGAAACCACAGACAUGGAGGAGUCGCACAGGAAGUUCAGCCCGCGGAAGGUGCGCUUCAAGCUGAACUCGUCGUACAGCGGCCGCGUGCUCAAGCACGUCUACGAGGAUGGCCAGGAGCUGGAGAGCCCCGAGGAGAAGUACCCGCACAGCUUCAUCCACACCAAGAUCCCACGCCACCUGGACGUGGGCCAGCUGUGCAGCUUCACCGACCUACCUGAGCAGCCCACGGGGCUCUAUGCGCAGAGGAUCAACGUCUACAGGGGAGCCACCGGCUUCAGACCCCCGGCCUUCGGUGACCUGCCACAGGAAGACCCUAAUGCCCCGGUGCUGGACUUCGGGAAGAUCAUUAUCUACACCAGUAACCUGAGGAUCAUUCCUGCACCCCAGAGAAGGAGGGAGAGCGAGGGCGAGGCAAGAGGAGCUGGGCAGGAUCAAGGAGGGGGAGGGGAGGAAGCUUCUAAGGGUCAUGGCCACCGCAGCAGGGGCAAACACAGAACUAAGUGUGGCCAUGGAAACAAGGAGAUGACCCCUCCAAAACCCAAGUCGACAUGCCAGCAGGGUGCCAGCGGCUGUCUGCAGUGUGGAGGUUCAGGCUGUGCCCCCUGCUCCCUGUGCCACGGCAGCAAGCUCUCCAUGUUGGCCAUCCGAUUCAACGAGUCCAUGAGGGACCGGCGCUGUCAGGGCUGCUAUCCAGAGGGCCUGGGACCCUGCCAGUCCUGUGCCCAAUAGAGGAGCAAUGGCUGUUAGAAAAGGCUUACCUCACUGCAGAUCACGGGCAUACUCUAAAUGUGUCUGGGACAAGAGUAGCAAAAGAGGUAUUUAUAGGAGUGCCACACUAGUGGGAAUGUGUUUAUGUGUUUGUGAGGGUGGGUUUGGGGUGAGUGCUGGGGGAUUGGACAGUGCGAGACAGUGCUUCUUAAUUUCUCUGAAGAGAGCAGACAGAACACUGCAACUGAGGGGAUGAUGUGAUUGCGCUCUUGCGAGGAGAGUGUGGACAAAAUGACAGGCUGGCAGGAAAAAUGGCCGUAAAUGGGAUGCUGAUUACUGAGCAAGUCGUGACAUUGGAUACAGCGAGGGACCCAAUGGGUGAGAAGUGGGUGUGCACAGGCACAACAGGAGUUGAUUAGGAGACCUACAUUGUUAAGAGGGAGAGCAUGAGACUGAGAGAAGGACAUCAAACUGGAGGGGGUAAAAAGGUUCCAUCAAGUCAUUAGAGUGAUGUUCUUGUUAUUAUUCAAGCUCCUGUCAUAUUCCAGGAAGACAGACAGAGAGAGAGAGAGAGAGAGAGAAAGAAAAAGAAAGAGAGAGACAGAAAAGGGAAAGGGUGACUUGAAUUCACUUUUAAGUGGAAGUUUUUGGUUUGC